AUGGCCGCCCUCCGACCUAUCAGCAGCACCAGCAGCGGCAGCACUGCUGCUGCGAUUGUGCGACGCACCUUCAAUCUCCCGCACCAGCCGAGCCGAAGCUUCGCCGUUACCUCCCGCGCCCCGUCCUCGCACCACGGCCCGCAGUUCGACCCGCCGACCGGCUGGCUGUUUGGCGUCAAGCCCGGCGAGAAAUACCAGAAGGAAGGUUGGGAAGGUCCCUUCUUCUACGGGUUCUGCGGCAGCUUCGCGCUCGCCAUCGUCGCGUAUGCCUACAAGCCGGACACCUCGAUACAAACAUGGGCAUUAGAGGAGGCGCGACGACGAUUAGAAGCCGAAGGCAUCCUGGAGGAUCCCGAGAAGAAGCAGUGA